GCUUUGGAACAGAAAGCAAAACACAACAAAGAAUCAGUCGGUCGUACGAUACCGUGGUGAUCGGACACUUGCAUUUAACUGCUUACCGCGAAUAUUAAAAACAAAACAGUUGAAUUUAUAUAUUUAAAGAACUUUUGAUACUUUAAAUAGAAGAAUUUUAUGAAACAAAAUGUUUUCGACGAAGAAGAGUUUAGAUAUUCUUACUAGGAUCUAUAAGAAUGAAAUCCGCCGGCAAAUCAGUAAGACUACCAGCGUCAGUAACUCAGAUGCGAUGGCACCAAGACUAGACCAGACCGUGAACAAACCCCAACAGAACGAGGAAACAGGAGUCCCAAAGAAGCUACUGAAGUUGCAGAAAUACCACAGAUUCCUGUCGACCCUGACUCCUCAGGAAAUGCCAAUGGCGACCCGUGGACUGACCGUCUCCAAGGAUCAGUCCAGGGAAUUUAUGGCUUGCUUCCCGGACAUCGUGCGGGACCUCACUGAGACUGGCAAGCACAACGAUGUGCCCGAAGCCAGCAAAUGGUUGGCUAAGCUUUUACAGUACAACGUUCCGAAUGGUAAAAAGAACAGGGGGCUAGCAACAGUCCUCGCAUACAAGAUGCUAGAGAAACCUGAUAACCUGACACCUGAAAACAUACAUCUCGCAAAUAUUAUGGGAUGGUGCACAGAAAUGUUCCAUACACACCAGUGGUUGUUGAACGACAUAAUGAAUGGCGCAGAGAUGAGGCGCGGGGCCCCUUGCUGGUACAAGCGACCCGACGUCGGUCUCAGCGGCAUCAACGACGCUGUACUAGUACAGGCCGCUAUGUACUCCACACUCAAACGAUACUUCUCCAACAAAUCUUAUUACAAGAAUAUACUGGAGACCUUCAACGAGAUCCUUAUGAAAUGUUCUAUCGGCCAAUAUAUGGAUAAAUCCCUAUCGAAGACAGAUAAACCUGACUUAUCACAGUUCACAAUGGACAAAUAUGAUGCUAUUACCAAAUACAAAAGCGCUUACUACACAUUCCAAAUGCCUGUCACCGUGGCUCUGCUGAUGACAGGUGUUGACGACCCCGAGACGCACAGGCAAGCGAAGACUAUCCUCUUAGAAAUGGGAGAAUUCUUCCAAAUCCAAGAUGACUUCCUCGAUUGCUUUGGCGAUCCAGCAGUUACAGGCAAAAGUGGUACAGACAUUCAAGACGGAAAAUGCACCUGGUUAGCCGUGGUUGCACUGCAGAGAGCUACCCCAUCCCAAAAACAAAUUAUGGAAGAGCAUUACGGUAACUCUUCACAGGAGUCGAUUGCCAGAAUCAAGGACUUGUAUGAAGAAUUGCAGCUCCCCCAUACAUACUCCGUGUUUGAAGAAGCCACAUACGAUCUCCUUAGGACCCAAAUCCAACAAGUCACCAGAGGAUUACCCCACGAGCUAUUCUUCAAAAUCUUAGAUAACAUUUUUAGGCGAAACGUGUAAUACACGCCAUGUCAUUUUAGGGUAUAAUAAAUUCUAAUGAUCUUUACACUAGUUUUAUAAGGUUUAAAUUAGGAUUAAGGAAGUGUAUUUGUAUUAAGAUUGGUGAUUUUUAGUGUACGUUUUAUAUAAAGACCCAAUAAGAAUCGCUGAAAAAUAAUAAUAAUGACGUGAUUUUUUAAUGAAAGUACUUAAUAAAAUCUAAUUAAAUGAUAAAUCAAUAUUCGUUAAAAAUAGUUUAUUGGAAAUAAAAAGUUAAACAGAAAAAUAAUGAAUUUUAAUUUAAGAUUUGUUGAGUCUUUUAUAUAUUUGUAUUGGAUUCUAUAGAGAUACAAAGCUUGCUAAAUGCCAUGUAUAUUUAUAGAAUUAUUACUCAUUGAACUAAUUUGAUCCGUAGCACUAUGAUCAAAUUAGUAUAUUAAAAUAGUCUCAAUAGAUAGGGCAUUUUAUAUAAUGUACAACUAGUCUUCAAUGUGAUUAACAUUUGAUGAUUAAACAAUUAAAUGAAAAAUAUAACGUUAAUUUAAAAUUAUUAUCUUAGUAUUAUUUUAUUUCCUUUUAAACUUAAAU